CACCGCCUUAAGGGCUGGCUCGCUCGUGCGGCAGGAGGAUUAAAGGCAAUAACAUGCAAAUCGAGCUCCGAGGUUCUUGAGCGGCGUCGCAAGAGCGCGAGCGGGGAACGUUUCUCUUCGCGUCCCGCUGGCCAAGUUCUGGAUCGCGCGCCUCCUUUCCUCGACGCCCGGGGCAUGUUUGCGCUGCCUCGGGGGAGCUAAGAGGCGCCGAGCUUGUAGCCCAAGGCCGCCUUUCGGCGCUUCGCUUCGCUGCCAUGUCUCCCGUCAGCGAGGAGGUGGAAGGGGGCACCCUUCCCUCCGCUCCGGAAGAAAGUGAGUCGGCGGGCGAGGACGAACCGAAAAGGGAGAACGGAGUAUGGUGCCCGCGGGAAGCCUCGCUCGCCUCCGGGGUCGCAGAACUCGACCUGGUGGCUGGGCUCGGGGCCACGCAGAGUCCACCCGAGAAGGCGGCGGAGCAGGGUGAGCCGCCGCCAGUGCACCCGGAGACGGCCGAGCCCCCUGAGGGAGGCUGGGGCUGGGUGGUCAUGCUGGCCUCCAUGUGGUGCAACGGGACUGUCUUCGGGAUCCAGAACUCCUGCGGAAUCCUCUUCAAGUCCUUGCUGUCGGAAUUCGGAGACCCCCAAGACGAGCAACUGAUGUUCAGGACAGUACAGCGGAAAGGCGACGAGAGGAAAGAACCGCUUUCCUCCAACUCGGGGAUGGAACUUCUUGCAGCCUCACAACUGCAACGCAUCCCAA